UGUUCCAACACUUUUCUACUUGUUUCUGGCUAUAUAAAAGGCUGGAUAAAUCAAAAUCCACGAUUUUAUUUAUUGUGCUCUCGUUAGAAAACAAGAAAAUCAAACAGCAAAAUGUCUCGCGAUAGUGCCGCUAAUCAAUUGGUUGAUUACAAAAACUCCUUGAGCUCUGCUCCUGGUGCUGUGACCACUGGUUCUGGUUCUCCCAUUGGCAUUAAGGAUGCCACCAUGACUGUUGGUCCCCGCGGCCCUGUGCUAUUGCAGGAUGUCCACUUCCUCGAUGAGAUGGCCCAUUUCGAUCGUGAACGCAUUCCCGAACGUGUUGUCCAUGCCAAGGGUGCUGGUGCUUUUGGUUACUUCGAGGUAACCCAUGAUAUUACCAAAUAUUGUGCCGCCAAGAUUUUCGAAAAGGUGGGCAAACGCACACCCUUGGCUGUGCGUUUCUCUACGGUGGGUGGUGAAAGCGGUUCGGCCGAUACUGCCCGUGAUCCUCGUGGUUUUGCUGUUAAAUUCUACACCGAUGAUGGCGUUUGGGAUUUGGUUGGCAACAACACUCCCAUUUUCUUCAUUCGUGAUCCCAUACUUUUCCCCAAUUUCAUUCACACCCAGAAACGCAAUCCCCAAACUCAUUUGAAGGAUCCCGAUAUGUUCUGGGACUUUAUUUCAUUGCGUCCAGAGACCACCCACCAAGUCAGCUUCUUGUUCAGCGAUCGCGGUACUCCCGAUGGUUAUCGUUAUAUGCAUGGCUAUGGCUCGCACACCUUCAAAUUGAUCAAUGCCAAGGGAGAGCCCAUUUAUGCCAAAUUCCAUUUCCGUUGCGAUCAAGGUAUUAAGAAUUUGGAUGCCAAGAAGGCCGAUGAAUUGGCGGGCAGUGAUCCCGAUUACUCCAUUCGUGAUUUGUACAACUCCAUUAAGAAGGGUGAAUAUCCCAGCUGGACCUUUAAUAUACAGGUGAUGACCUUCGAACAGGCCAAGAACUUCAAAUACAAUCCCUUCGAUGUGACCAAGGUGUGGCCCCACAAAGAAUAUCCUUUGAUUAAGGUGGGUAAAAUGGUCUUGGAUCGUAAUCCCUCCAACUAUUUCGCCGAAGUUGAACAAAUUGCCUUCAGCCCUGCCCAUUUGGUGCCUGGUAUUGAACCAUCUCCCGAUAAGAUGUUGCAAGGUCGUCUAUUCUCUUAUUCUGACACUCAUCGUCAUCGUUUGGGCCCCAACUACUUGCAAAUCCCCGUUAAUUGCCCUUAUCGUGUGGCUGUCAAAAACUAUCAACGGGAUGGUCCCAUGACUGUUACAGACAACCAAGGCGGUGCACCCAACUACUUCCCCAACUCCUUUUCUGGUCCCGAGGAAUGCCCACGCGCCAAGAGCCUGGAAUCCAAGUGCCCCGUUACUGGCGAUGUCUAUCGCUAUAGCAGCGGUAAUACUGAGGACAACUUUGGCCAAGUCACCGAUUUCUGGGUGCAUGUUUUGGAUGAUGCUGCCCGCAAACGUUUGGUCAACAACAUUGCUGGUCAUUUAUCGGGAGCCAGUCAAUUUAUUCAGGAGCGUACUGUGAAGAAUUUUGCCAAUGUCCAUCCCGAUUUUGGCCGCAUGUUGACGGAAGCCUUGAAAUUGGCCAAGUCUGCUAAGAUCUAAAUGUGUGCAAAUCCCCUUUUCCUUUUUACCAUGGUUUUGGGUUUUUUUUUCAUAACUAUUUUUCAUGUAUCCUCAAUAGCUCCAUACUCUUCUGUUCUAUUUUGGUUUCUUGUUUUUACUUUUAUCUUUAAAGGUGAGCCAAAAUUAAAAUCCUUAACGUUCUUCUUUGUAUGUCACUGGAAAAACUUUAAGUUUUGUUUAUUUUUUAAAUACUUUAACAUUCGAUUUUAUUCAAAGAAAAUAUUUUCGCAUAAUAAUUGCAUAUAAAUAAGGCAUUUCAUCCAUAUAAUCAAAAUAUAUAUAUAUGCAAUAUAAAUACAUAUAUAUA